AUGGCCCCUACGAUCCACCGCAACCUCACAUCUGCCGAGCUCGUGGAAUGGGCUCUGAAGCUGGAGAAGGACACCAAGCUGAGCGCGCGUGGUGCGCUGUGCGUGCUGUCGUACGCCAAGACCGGCCGCUCGCCGCAGGACAAGCGCAUCGUUGACACCGACGAUGUCACGAAGAACGUGGACUGGGGCAACGUGAACAUCAAGCUCAGCGAGGACUCGUUUGCGAAGGUGAAGAAGCGCGCGACGGACUUCCUGGACAGCCGCGAGCACCUGUUCGUGGUGGACUGCUUUGCCGGGCACGACGAGCGGUACCGCAUGAAGGUGCGCGUGAUCACGACGCGCCCGUACCAUGCGCUGUUCAUGCUCGACAUGCUUAUCCGCCCGACCGCCGAGGAGCUCGCGAACUUUGGGGAACCGGAGUACGUGAUCUACAAUGCUGGUGAGCACAAGGCGGACCCGUCCGUACCCGGAGUGGGGUCAACGACGUGCGUCGCGCUGAACUUCAAGACACGGGAGGAGGUGAUCCUCGGCACGGAGUACGCUGGUGAGAUGAAGAAGGGCAUACUGACGGUGAUGUUCGAGCUGAUGCCGCGGCAGGGGCACCUGUGCAUGCACGCGUCCGCGAACGUUGGCAAGGAUGGCGACGUGUCAGUGUUCUUUGGGCUGAGCGGGACGGGCAAGACGACCCUGUCUGCGGAUCCGCACCGUGCGUUGAUCGGCGAUGAUGAGCACGUGUGGACGGACCGCGGUGUGUUUAACAUCGAGGGUGGGUGCUACGCGAAGGCGAUUGGGCUGAACCCGAAGACGGAGGAGGAGAUCUACAAUGCGGUGCGGUUCGGCGCUGUUGCGGAGAACUGCGUGCUUGAUCCCCGGACGAGGGAGAUUGACUUCUACGAUGAAUCGAUCUGCAAGAACACUCGCGUGGCAUACCCACUGGACCACAUCCCCGGUGCCCUGACACAUGCCGUGGCCGGCCACCCGAAGAACAUCAUCUUCUUGACGAACGAUGCGUUCGGCGUGAUGCCGCCCGUGGCGCGCCUGACCCCUGAGCAGGCGAUGUUCUGGUUCAUCAUCGGGUACACGGCGAACGUACCCGGCGUGGAGGCCGGGAGCACACCCGUGGCGAAGCCGAUCUUCUCUUCAUGCUUCGGUGGCCCGUUCCUCGUGCGCCACGCCACGUUCUACGGCGAGCAGCUCGCGGAGAAGAUGACGAAGCACCAGAGCCGUGUGUGGCUGCUGAACACCGGUUACACCGGCGGCCGCGCGGACCGCGGUGCGAAGCGCAUGUCGCUGAAGGUGACGCGCGCCGUGAUCGACGCGAUUCACGAUGGGUCCCUCGACCGUGAGGACUACGAGGUGUAUCCUGGGUGGGGUCUGCACAUCCCGAAGCGGUGCGCGCACGUGCCCUCGCACAUUCUGGACCCCCGCAAGGCCUGGAAGGACGUCGCCCAGUUCAACGCGACUUCGAAGGAGCUCGUGCGGAUGUUCCAGGAUAGCUUCAAGAAGCGCUUCGAGGCGAUGGCUUCCGAUGCCCUGAAGUCCGCGGUGCCCAAGUUUGUGGAAAUAGCUAAGCUUUAA